CUUAAAGCUCUCAGUGCAACUGAUGAACAUACCGUACAUGUUGCUCAAUAAAUGUAAAUGGUAAUAACAUAAUGUAUGUUAUUAUGUAAUUUUGUCGACCUACAUAGUUUGUCCAUUAGGCAGCAGUAUAUUUAUGAAAGAUGUUCCAUGUCUGUCCCUAGAGGUCCCUUUCCUCCAUAACCAUCUCUUGUGAUAGUGUUUUAUUAUACUCGGGUUGAACCACCAUCAUGGCUGCUUCAGGUUUUCAGUUUCACUCUCCGCCCUUCAGCCGUGGAGCCAACUGUGUGUUAGUUUUACGUAAAAAGGGGCGUGGUCAAACUGGCAAGUUCCGUGCCGGGUAUCGGACCGGAUGGUGGGUGACAAGCAAGUAACCCAUGAUCUGAGAUUGACUUUACUCACUACACUCCACGAGGAGUAUAAACACUGUGCCGUGGAUGAGCCUCGUGAGCCUUCUCCAUCGAAACCCGGACUGGAAGAUAGUGUUUGUUCUUCCACGGAGAUAUUCACACGGAGAUGACGUCGGUGCAAUGUGUCACAUUUAGCUGACAUUAAUCUGAGCACCUUACAUUUCACUAACCCCUCAACUGUGCCACAGUCCGUGUGACAUCAUGCGACAGGCGUUUUUGAGACAAGUCCGCCGGUUCCCGUGGGCCACCAACGUCACGCUGUACGGCGGUCUGUUCGCCGGAGGGGACUUCGUCCACCAGUGGUUCUCGCGCAGAGAGGAAAUAGACUGGAGACACACGCGGAACGUGGCCGUGGUCGCGUUCUCUUUCCAUGGCAACUUCAAUUUCUUCUGGAUGCGCUUCCUGGAGCGCAGGUUUCCCGGGAAUUCCAUCAGAAUGGUGCUGAGGAAGCUGCUCCUGGACCAGACCACAGCGGCCCCGCUGGCCACCAGCGUCUUCUACACAGGUCUCAGCUUCUUGGAGGGCAAAGAGGACAUCUUUGAAGACUGGAGAGAGAAAUUCCUGAAUACGUAUAAGACGGGGCUUAUGUUCUGGCCAUUUAUGCAGUUUGUGAACUUUGCCUUGGUGCCUCUGUACGUGCGGACCACCUUCACCGGCUGCUGCGCCUUCGUCUGGGCCACCUUCCUCUGCUUCUCACGCCAGAGCGGCGACGGCACGGCCGAGGCUGCUCUGGCGUGGAUGUUCUCUCCUAAAGAGGAUGAAGCAGAAGCCAAUGACAAGAUAGAUGCUUCCAAAGAGGGAACAGUGACAUCUAAACCUACUGGGAACUGAAGUAUGUGGAAUCAGUGGUGUUGCGAUGGAGGCGGACCAAACACACAGAGUUCAAGCAGCAGGUUCAGUGGAUGGCAGUCCUGUCUGUGGUUGAUGUUGCACUAUCUCUGCCAGGGUUUGAGUUGAAAGUCUCACUGCGGUUAAACUAUAUGGGACCCACAUCACGCUCUAAGGUGCUUUGGGAAACAGCGCCCAGCAAAUGGAAUGUAUAUACAUUAAAUUAUUCAACACGCAGCACAUCACCUCCGUCCCACAGACAAACAUCACCGUGCCAUAUUUAUCUUCAGGCUUUCUCUUUUAUAUACAAAUGCUUUUAGUCUUGUGUUUUCACAUUUUAAACUAGAGAGUUGAGAGACGAUGAUAUUCAAUUGAUUCAUGAGGACUUCUAUAUCUGGGAAGGAAGCUGUGAUCAUGGGCGUGUGUCAGGUUAAUGUUCCACAUUCUCCUGCUCUUCAUCUAGAAACAGGAAUAGAAAGUGGAGUGUGGAGUGGCAGCUAAUCUAAUUUAUUGGCUUAGACUUUUAAUUUCAUGAAAUUGGGCAAAUUUCUAAACAUUUCAAUAUCAGUUUCUCUAAAUUAGCACAAGCGGUAAGACAGAGGGCCUCAUCUCUGAGGGCUUUCUGCUUUGGUUCCAGUUCACACAGAGGUGCUAAAUACACAUGCACACAGGUAACAACCCGUUAAAUGUAUAGAGAAUAAACUCAAAAACACUAGAGCAGAUAUGAAAGUACAUGACUGAUUCCCACGUGUUACUAGAUAUUGAGUUACUGCUGAGGAUUACUGAGGUUCUUUUGUCCCAGACAUCCAUCUCCUUGAAUGUGGAAAUGCUGCCUGCCUGUUGUAAUACUUUAUGUUAAUCCGGUACUGUGGAAUGCUCUCCAUUAUAUCUCUUUGCGUCAUUUCCUAAUUUUUCAAUACUGUUUGCUAUUUCAUCUAUUUUUGAUUUUGACCUCUCAGGGAAAAUGUUCCUUUGGUUUCAUCGCCUGCAGUGAUUCCUGAAAACUGGGUUGCAACGAAACGCCAGACGCCUCCGCCAAGCAGAUUUCUAUAGAGGUCAUUUUUAUAAAUAGCUCAGUACAAGAGCUGACUGUUAUUUCUAUACAUGGAGUUUGAAAGGUUUAUCUCUUCUGUGGCAGAUAUUUAAGAAAAGAAAUAUUUCAUUCACUUGUGUUUAUGUUUUGCUGACAUGGUGUCACAGAGAGAUGUGUCUAUUUUUCCCCCUGAUGCAUUUUAAUCUAGUUGCAGUUAUGCUUUUUGAAGCAUAUGCAAGAGACGCUGUGUAAUAAUAUUACAUAACUGAAUGACAUUAACACAACAAUAAUCUUUUAAUAAGAGUUUUUGUUUCUAUUUGUUAUGUGUAUGCUGAUGUGCUACACAGGAACUCAAGGAUCAAACCAAUGAAUAUUCCCUUUGUUCAGUUCAGCGACUGAAGACGGUAAUAUCACUAACUCAUUUAAAGAUGUGCACUUUUACAUUUCUGUCUCAAUUUCUUUUGUUAGUCUGGAUAUCACAAAGAUCUAUCGGUGCUGUUGACUGUAUAUAUAAAUGAUUUUAUCACACUGUUGUAGGGAUAAAUAAUAUUUAUUGUUGAAUAAACUGAAAACAUCC